GAAAACAAACAGAUCAGGUGGGGUUCUAGGUGGGAUUAUAUUUUGGUGUCCAUGUCUCAUACCAGAAUUCAGUGGUUUAGUAUCUUGAAUUCAUUUGUCGUUGUUCUCUUCUUAACUGGAAUGGUGGCUAUGAUCAUAUUAAGAACUCUCCACAAAGAUAUUAUCAGAUAUAAUCAGGAAGAUAUCCAGAAGGAUUAUGGUUGGAAGCUUGUUCAUGGGGAUGUAUUCAGACCUCCAAGGCAUGGAAUGUUGCUAUCAAUUUUACUGGGUCAAGGAACACAAGUUUUGAUUAUGACAUUUAUUACUUUAUUUCUUGCCUGCCUUGGUUUCCUUUCUCCUGCUAAUCGUGGUGCUUUAAUGACCUGUUCUGUUGUGUUAUGGGUCCUUAUGGGAGCAUCUGCUGGAUACGUGUCUGCUAAGGUGUACAAGUCAUUUAGAGGUCUGAAGUGGAAGACAAAUUUCUUGCUGACGGCACUGCUGUGUCCUGGUGUGGUCUUUGUUGACAUCUUCAUCAUGAAUUUAAUUCUUUGGAUUGAAGGCUCAUCAUCUGCUAUCUCAUUUGGUACCUUGAUAGGAAUCCUUGCAUUGUGGUUUGGAAUUUCAGUGCCAUUAACAUUUUUGGGUGCAUACGUUGGAAGUUUCCAAAAGUUUGACUAUCCGGUUAGUACAAACCAGAUUCCUCGUCAUAUUCCUCACCAGGAUUUCAUUAGAAGACCACUUUUUAGUAUCAUCAUCGGUGGCGUUUUACCUUUUGGUUGUAUUUUUAUCCAACUAUUUUUUAUUCUAAAUAGCAUUUGGUCUCAUCAGAUGUACAUCAUGUUUGGCUUCCUUUUCUUAGUCUUUAUAAUUCUUCUGAUUACUUGUUCUGAAGCUACCAUUCUGCUGUGUUAUUUUCACUUGUGUUCUGAGGAUUAUCAUUGGUGGUGGAGAGCCUUUCUUACCAGCAGUUUUACAGCUGUUUAUUUUUUUGCUUAUGCAGUUUACUAUUUCUUUGCCAGACUUAAAAUCACAGGCAUUGCAAGCACCAUUUUGUACUUUGGGUACACGAUGAUCAUGGUCUUGAUUUUUUUCCUGUUCACCGGAACCAUUGGAUUUUUCUCCUGUUUUAUUUUUAUUUCUAAAAUCUACAGCGUGGUGAAAGUGGAUUAAAGAAUCCCCCCAAAGGCUUCAAGGCACGUCACCCUUGCCUUUGAAUAUGUAUCUGUAUCUUAUAUGAACAUCUAUAGAGAUACAUAUGCUUCCAAUU